CACCCAAUAUUUCAUAAAUGUAAAAUGAAACGAACUGUUCCAACUUCCAAAUUUCUCAUGUCACUGUCAGCACGCUCUUCGUCUAGCGCUGUGUGAUAUUUUCGCCAAUAAAUUAUAAUUUCAGCUCUAUAUUAUCUCAAAAGAAACGUAAUUACAGACAUCGUCACAUCCGUGUAUUAUCUCGGUGCUAUUCUCCAGUAUGAGCAAGUUACCGUGCCUCUUUCGGUAAAUCAUUGACGGCAUUAUUGGUUGACCCGGCUACAUAACAACGGUCGCAAUGAGUGAUACUGUAGAUGUUGUGGACUUAGUGUCAAAAUUAUUAGAUUCAGGAAAAUAUAAAGAAGUUCUCAGUGUUCAUAAUGAUGAAAAAUAUGCUAGCAGUUUCAAGGACAAUUGUUGGGACAUGAUCUCGGUGGCUGUCAGCAAGAUACAAGAUGAGACCAUUGUUAUCAAGCCUUCUCUAUACAGCACUUGUGAAGAACUGUUGGCUAUUAUUGUCCAGAAAGCAACACCUGAAGAAGCACUACUGGAGUUUAUAGAACAAGUGGAAGUGGCUAAGAAUGAUGCUCAGUUUGGAAUAGUUCUUACUCCACUACAACAACUUCUGAAGAAAUUAACAGCUAAGAGAGGAAGAUCCCUAGAGUGGAGUUUAAAUUCCAUUAGCACCUAUGUUGAAAAUAUCCCCACACCUGAAUUUCAGCUGGAGGGAAAGGCACGAUUACUGGCAGAAUGUGAUCCAGACAUCAGGAGAAUAAUUAGAGUUUACUCUUUGAUACCACCAUUUUAUCAACCCUUUAUUGAAGAACUCAAAGCCCCAGAAUCAAAUGUUAGAACUAAACAGAUAAUAGCUGCAUUUUUGAUAAGCCUUCUUGGCAAACCUUUAAUCUAUCUAGAUUUGGAUGUUGAAAACAAUGAACAAAGUGAAGCAAGAUUAUGCUGCGCUACAAUUGUAAAAGACAUCUGUUCUUUAGAGAAAAAUAUAUUGAAGUUUCUUGAAUAUGUUGAAAUUUGUAACAAACCCGAUUCAAAGUUGAAAUCUGUAAGUGAUGAAGAAAAAGCACCUUAUGAUCAUAAAGAGAAACUCAAUAUGCUUACCCUUUCAGGCUUAUACUAUGUUGUCUUAGCUUCUCAAUUUGAUUUGCCGGACAAUGCUAUACCACAAGUUUAUACUACAGAGUAUGUUGUGCAUACGGGACUGUUAUGUGUAAUUUAUUUACUGAAUUGUCCAGAGUAUGGUCCACAAUCCAAAGGACUGACCUUAUGUCAGGCUCUAGUGAAGAGAUUAUCUACUAAUGCUUCUCAAACUUUACUAUCUGCUGCUGUACACUUCAAUUUAUGCAAAGCACUGAUUAAUGUAGCUAUAUUUUCAUCUUAUGACAGUCUUAGAAAAACUGCAGUGAAUACUAUACGUAACCACAUUAACUGUUUUGAAUAUGGUGGAAGAUGCAUGCUGAUCAAAUACAUCAUUUCAACUUCUAACCAUUCGGGCAUGAUUGGAUAUGCCAUAACCCAGCUGAAAAAUGCUAUAGAUGAUGCAUUUAAGGAAACUGAAAUGCCACCAUGUUUCACUUACCCUCAAAUGAUGGAUUUGGUAAAAAAAGUGUGUCACAUGCCCCAUGGAGCACAGUCAGAUCUGAUGGAACUGAGUGAUCAAAUAAUAUCAGUGUUGAACUUCCUACGGUAUUUAGUAAUAAGAGACAAAGCAAAUGUUACUGGUAUCAAAGAGUGUUACUCAUACAUAGAAUCAUAUUACCUAACUACUUUGAGGAAUGCAUUAAAUUUAUCAAAAGCACACUAUGAAGUAAAACUGAAGGAUGUCAGAGAGGGUACAGAUCUUGUAGAAACCAAAGUUUCUAUCAAUGUUGGAGGAAAUCCAUUAGAUAGCAUACCUGAUGAACAAAAAAUUGAAAUAAUAAAUUCUGCCCUUAAUUGUUUCCAUUUAAUGGAUGGUCUUGUGGCUCGUUUAUCUGAAUGUAUCACUGUCAAUAAUGUUAAUAUAUAAAUAUGGCAGAGUAUUUUUAAAAUAAACAAAUACUAUAUUGGAAUGUU